AUGCGCGAGGAGGAGGAGGAGGAGUGUCAGCGCCUCAGCGGCGGUGUCCACGCCAAGUACCAGUUGGCCUUGGUAUACCCCCGCUCCAGGUUACUGUCGUGGCCAUCGUACGACAGCGACAGCCGCGUCCACACCUUUCGCCACAGCUGGGGCUUCUCGCAGUUCAUCAGCGUGAAGUGGCUGGAGCUUUUGGGGUCCCUUAAGGACGACUGCAUCGCCGUCAGGUGCGACAUCACCGUCGUCGAGAAGUCGGUCGUGAAGGAUGAGUUCGUGAAGGCGGCGGACAUGGCGAGGCUUGGGAUGCUCUACAAGUGCAAGGACGACCUCUGCAAGCGCCACCACCGUAGGCCGGCCGAGACUGGCAAGAAGCUCAGGAAGGCGUUCGUUAGCUUUUUCAGGUCCAUCCGAUGA